UUGGCUACUCGAGCCGCUUAACCUAGAAUAUUUUUUCGAUGUUUUUUUUUUUUUUUGAAAAUCCACAGUGAUUUUACAAGUAAUCGAGCGAGUGAUGGUGAGCAGAGAGGACGCAGUUAGGGUAAAAAUGGAGCCGAAUGAUACUUUGUCAGAUGCAAGCGAAGAUUGUACUUUCGAUAAGGUGGACGUUUGCGAAGUAAAAAACGUAUAAAAAUUCUUGUUUCAUAAAUCACCAAUGAGUUGCAAAGACGUUAAAGCUGAAACUCAGUAUUUUGAAGCGAUAACCACCCGCAAUACGGAGUAUCAAAAAUUUCAAGCUAUUGCAAAAGAAGAAAACAAAAAUCGAAACAAUGACAUCAAUGAAACUAUAUUCAUUAAUUUUGAGUGCAAAAAUGUUAAACUUGAGCUGACAUCUCUGUUACCCACCAUCUGCAAAACUGAGACUCAAAGUAAUCUACCUAUUGUGAAAAUAGAAAACUCGAUUCAGACCGAAGAUUUGAACGUAAAUGUUCAACAUGGUGAAUCUAAGGAGGUAAUAAUAUUUAAUGAGAGAACUCGGAACGCAUUAUCUCCAAAGUGUAACUAGCGACGAAAAGCUUUUGACAGAAAAGGAAGUCGGAAGGAGCGUAUCAAUGCGACACAUAAAAGCAUUACACCGUAUGAAUGUGAGAUUUGUCACAAAUCAUUUGGACUAAAAAGUAAUCUCAAUAAACACAUUAAUGCAGUGCAUGAUCGUAAUAAGCCCUUUGAAUGUGAAAUUUGUUACAAAUCAUUUGGAGAAAAGGGUACCCUCAAACGACACAUAAAUGGAGUACAUAAUCGUAGCAAAUCUUUCGAAUGUGGCAUUUGUCACAAAUCAUUUGGAUAUAAGCAUAUACUUAAAAGGCACAUAAAUGAAGUACAUGAUCGGAGAAAAUCCUUUGAGUGUGAUAUUUGUCAUAAAUUCUUUGGAGAAAAGGGUAACCUUAAAACUCACAUAAAUGUAGUACAUAAAUGGAACAAACCCUUUGAAUGUGAUAUUUGUCAGAAAUCAUUUGGAUACCAGUGGGUACUUAAAAACCAUGUUAUGGCCGUACAUGAUCGUAGGAAACUCUUCGAAUGUGAGAUUUGUCACAAAUCAUUUGGAAACAAGAGUGAUCUUAAAAGACACAAGAUGACUGUACAUGAUAGAAGAAAACCCUUUGAAUGUGAGAUUUGUCAGAAAUCAUUUGGACAAUCAGGUGUCCUCAAACGUCACGUCAACGCAGUUCAUGAUCAGAACAAACUCUUUGAGUGUAACGUUUAUCACAGAUCCUUUGGGCAAAAAAUUACCCUCAAAACUCACAUAAAUAAAGUACAUGAUCGCAUCAAUCCGUUCUAAUGUAAGAUGGGUCUCAAGUCAUUUGGAUACCAGAAUAACCUCAAAACUCACAUAAAAGCCGUGCAUGGUCAUAGCAAACCAUUCGAGUGUGAAAUUUGUCACCAUUCACGUAGCCGUAAGAAACGCCUCAAAUUUCACAUGAAUACAGUACAUGAUCGAAGCAAACCCUUUGAAUGUGUUAUUUGCCAUAAAACAUUUGGACAAAAAAGUUAACUUGAAACUCACAUAAGUAUGGUACAUCUUCGAAGCAAACACUAUGAAUGUCACAUUUGUCGGAAAUCAUUUGGAGAAAAACCAAAGCUAAAGAGGCUCGUAAUGACUGUACAUGAUCAAAUCAAACAUUUUGAGUGUAACAUAUGUCACAGAUCAUUUAUUGGACAUCAGAAUGUACUCAAAAACCACAUAAUGACAUUACACGAUAAAAAAUCAAAACAUCUCACAUGAAAUGCAGCAAAUAGAGAGAAUUGAGAUUUGUCACAAAUAAUAUGUGUCGUAAAUCAUUUGGUUUUGUCUCAAAUCUCACGCGAAUGCAGACAAAAAUCUGCACCAUCGUAGCAAAUCAUUGUUUCGAGGCAUGUAAGCUCA